AUGGUGAAAUGCAAGGAUUUCGACUUAGUCUUACUCCAGAAUGAAGGGGAAGUUGGUCGGGCGGUGAAGGAAAGUGGGAUUCCCAGAGAUCAGAUAUGGUUGACUUCCAAGCUCUGGAAUUCUUUUCAUGCUCCAGAAGAUGUAGAGGGUGCUCUGGAUGAUUCGCUUCUCAAACUUGGGACAGAAUAUCUUGACUUGUAUCUCGUUCACUGGCCCUUGGCGCUCAAAAAGAACAGCAAAAAGUAUGACGAACAUCUAACUAAACAUCAAUAUCCAACUUGGCAAAAACUCGAAGAAAUGGUGGUCAAGGGAAAGAUUCGCAACAUUGGAGUUAGCAAUUUUACGAUCCAAAAGUUGGUUGCCGGCUUCUCGCAGUACUAG